UUUGUUUUAAUUCCAUUUCCUCGCGGUUUUUUCAUUUCUUUAAGAAUGUCGCUUACGGAUUGCUUUGAACUAAAUAAAACAAAGCUCUUCGAGAAGAUCCGCGAUGGGCUGCCCAUCGUGCAGAAGACGCAGAAUCUGCUGGACUGCAAGGACGACAUGCUCUUCGCCUGGGACGAAAAAGAGUGCUGUUUGCUGGUGCGCAAUUGGCGGACACCGCUGACGGAGACGGCCGGUGCCAAGCGUGCCGGUGUUCAGUACCAGACCCUGAUUCCCUCCAACACUAUAAACCUGGACGUGGACCGGGUGCUGGUUUCCAACGAGGGCUCCCUGGUGGCCCUCAGUGGCGAGCAUGGCGUCUGUAUCAUGGAGCUGCCGCGACGCUGUGGCCAGGAUGGUUACUACAAUGAUGGAAAGGAGCGGAUCAUUUGCCGCAGCUUCAGCCUUGAUAGUCAGCUUUUUCUCAACAACCUGAAGCUGAAGGUGUGUCAAGUGAACUGGCACCCGUACUCAGUCUCCGAUUCAACUCUACUCGUCUUGUUUAAUAACAACACAAUUCGGGUGUACAAUCACUCCCAGCUUCGCUAUGUCUGGAAAGUGGGCCCCUCAAUUGUACGUGUUGGUGGCAACAGCUCCCUCACAGAUUUUGGCGAAGUGGCUGUAGACUUCGAUAUAGCACCUGCUGCCAAACCCAAGGAGGCUGAGACUCUGGAGGAAAAAAGCCAUACCUUGAACCAAAGCAACAAAAGCUUGCAGAACAAAACGAGCGCCGUAAAGCUGGAAAGGAUUGAGUGGCCUGUGAUUGUGCUGCGUGAAAAUGGUAACAUUUACGUCCUCAUGACUAGCGUAGAUUCGGAAUUGGUCCGCCUGCAGGGUCCCAUAACUAUUACACCUCAGGUUCAAGAUAACUACGGCCUGGAAUCCUGUGCCCUUAUGGUUUUUCCGUCUUUACCCCCAACUAUUGUUAUAGCCGAAUCCAAUGGAAAGAUUCAUCAUGCUCUACUCAUGGAUGCGGAAGCUUCCGAGCACUCCUUCAGCGAGGUGGAUGAUUUCGUUCUUAUUGAACCUUCCCAAUACGUUAUUCACGUUCUGGAAACUGUUAAGCUUGAGCUUGGAUUGGCGGCACCGUCCCAAAAAGGUGCCGUAAACCCUUUAUAUCUGAAGAGGGAUCUGAUCAACGAGCUGCGCUACUUUGCCUACCAUGAUGCCGGUCUCCACGUAGUGUCCGUAAGCUUCAUAGCGGAGUUGCAACGCUACUUGGAGAGCGAAUCCGAAGAGGAUUGCUUGGAAUUGACUGCCUCUUCCACAGCCGAGUACAUCUUGUGCACCAAAUUCGAGUCCAGUGAUCGUGUGAACCCAGUCUUCGGAUUAGCCCUGCUGCAAAUGCCAGCCGGUGUAGUCCUUCUGCUUGGCAGUGGACAGGUGAUAAGCCUUAAGUUGGUUAUUGAUGCAAAGCUGCUGAUGACGCCCAGUGAGAGCAAAGCCAUCACCUUGGAUUCAGAUCUACAGGACUGCGGAACAACAUUCGUGGAUACCAUCAAAUCGCUGCUUCAACGCAGUGUAAACCAACCCAUUCUGGCGGAUAAACUUGCCGCUCCAUCCGCUCACGAAAGCUAUGAGCUGCUCAACCAGGCCAUCGAGGUGCUGAGGGAGCAGUAUUUGAAAAGACACGACUUGGUUAGGGCUGCCUUUGCCCGUCAUAUCAUAUCGGAACCCAGGGCAAUGACCCUGCGCUCUGAUGCGGCUAAUAAUAAAAAAAGAAAAACAUCGGAUCCAGAAAUUUCUCAAAAAGUUCAGGAAGAAAUGGACAUCUUGGAGUCAGAAGAAUGCAACGAUAAUGUUUUACAGCAGACUUUGAUCAACGAGCAGGAUACAAAUGUCAUCAACAUCAACGACAAUGACAACAUCAACAUAUCCAAACCACAGCAAUACUAG